AGUGGCUCUGGGGUCAUCAGUAAUGUCAAAAUAGUUUUGAGAAAUUUCUCCCCGAAAAAAACACUAAAUUCAAAUGUGAUUUUCUUGGUGAAAAAGGGAGUGUGUUGUGAUUGAAUGUGAAAAAUUGGCUUUGCCAGCAGGCGUGGCAUCACCAUGGACAGCAAUCAUGAGUCCUUCUGGCGACACAAUGCCCGUGCGGUGCCCGGAAAAACUGUCUCUGCCACUGUGAAAAGCAAAACACAGCAGAUGGGAUCCACGUCAUUUAAGGACUUCCAGGACUCUGUGCGAGAUGCCUGGGAACUCGGUGAUGAUGAAUUCCUCAAAUUUCCCAUUGGAGAUGAGAGAGUCAAUAAGCGAAGUGCCAGCACUUCCACUGCCCUCGCGGUCAAGACACACAGAAGCAAUCUGGGAGCCAGUCGAGCGUCCGAAUCCAAGCCGGCUGUUCAGGUUGUACCUCCGCAGACUAAUCACACCCAGGAGAGCAACAAUGUGCCUGAAGACCUCAUCACCGAGCUCAGCCUGGUGGAUGAUUCCAUCGGUCGCGAGCGCGGAAGUUCCGAGCCAAGGAAGCGCUAUCGGCAGUUCCAUACAUAUCCAGGACGUCCACAGCUACUCAAAUUGUCAUCGAGUUGUCUGUCCAAGGAUGAGAACAAUGAGUCCAAAUUGGAGAAAUUUACGGUGCUGCUGGAGGAGCCAUUGCUCAAUUUGAUAGCCCUGAAACAGCUCAGUUGGUCAGGAAUCCCCAAGAAGAUGCGCCCCGUCACAUGGCGCCUUCUUUCCGGCUACUUGCCCACCAGUCUCGAGCGUCGCAAUUCUGUGCUUGAGCGCAAGAGACUUGACUACCACAAACUCGUAUCUCAGUAUUUUCCCGUAGACAGUCGAGAUGAGGCUCAGCAGGAUACUUAUCAUCAAAUUCAUAUCGAUGUUCCGCGAAUGAAUCCGCAUGUGCCACUCUUUCAGCAGCAUCUCGUGCAGGAAAUGUUCGAGAGGAUUCUCUUCAUUUGGGCCAUCAGACAUCCAGCUUCGGGCUAUGUUCAGGGGAUUAAUGAUCUCGUAACGCCGUUUUUCAUAAUCUUCCUGCAAGAAACUCUCGAUGCAAAAGUUGAGCUUGAAACGUGCAAAUUGGAAGAUUUGUCGGAGGAACAGAGGAAUAUCAUUGAGGCGGAUUCCUUUUGGUGCCUCUCCAAGUUCCUCGAUUGUAUCCAGGAUAACUACAUUUUCGCUCAGCUGGGCAUUCAGGCCAAGGUGAAUCAUCUGAAGGAGCUGAUUCAGCGCAUCGAUGGGAAUCUGCAUAAGCAUCUGGUGCAGCACGGAGUGGAUUAUCUGCAGUUCUCCUUUCGCUGGAUGAACAAUUUGCUGACGCGAGAAUUGCCACUUCACUGCACAAUCCGUCUCUGGGACACGUAUCUGGCUGAGUCUGAUGGCUUUGCUGUGUUCCAGCUCUACGUCUGUGCAGCGUUUCUGCUUCACUGGAGGGAGCAGUUGCUGCAGGAGAAGGAUUUCCAGGGUCUUAUGCUGAUGCUGCAGAAUUUACCCACUCACAACUGGAUGGAUUCUCAUAUCAGUGUUCUCGUGGCUGAAGCCUUCAGACUGAAGUUCACUUAUGCAGAUGCUCCUAAGCACUUUGAGGGGAAGAGUUGACAACCGAUAGGCAUGAGCAAAUUCAUCGGCUGAUUUACAAUUUCCUUUAGUAGACCUUUUCUCCUGUUCACAUUGCAAGAUGGAAUUGGCCAAAAAGAGCAUGAAGAGGGGAGAGUUUGUUUAAUUUUUGGGACAAUUUAAAAGAUAAAAUCUUUAUUGAUAAAAAAGAAAAGAACAGAAAAAAACAAUUCCUGCUAGUUGAAAUCUCUUUUUGAGAGAAUGAUAGUGACACGAAAAAUUAUGCGCGGACUUUUAUGUGUGAGCAUUAUUGCAAAUAAGAAAAAUAUUAUUAUUAAUAGGUUUUAAGGCAAUUUCAUGGAACACGAAGGUGAAUUUUGUGGGAGAUUUGUUUUAUUUGAUCUCCAUUCAGAAUUCCCCAAAUCAACUACUUUAAAUAUCGAUUGAACUGGAAAUAUUAGACCUUUUUAAAUUUAUAAUAGUAAUAAAGAAUAUGGCUAAUUAUGACUUCUUUGUCAUGAAAAA